AUGAAAAUUUCUUCGUGGACCUACGAAACUUUCCAUGCUAUACUAUACCGCGUAUCCUUCAUCAUGGUGCUUUUCGUAAGAGCACCAUGAGGAAUUUUCUAAUGUUUACAAAUUCUUCGAGCUCAAAUCUCCAGGUCAAACCGAUCCUCAUCAAUAAUAAUUCGAAACGCCGAGAGGAGGAAGACGAACGGGAGCAGAUGAUUAGUGGGCCAUUUCCGGGCCGCUUCGCAACGUUUUACGACCCGGUCCUCCGUUCUCGGCGUUGUUUCUCCAUAGUGGCGGUCGCCUUUUGA